AUGAAACAUAUUGCGCCGCCGCCGCCGCCGCCGCCUGAGUCUCAAGACCUGCUUCUCCGUCACCGGACUACCAUGGCCACAACCCUCCUCCAAUCCCGCCACAACUCUGCCUACUCCGCCUUCACCGCCACAACUGGUUCCUCUGUCUCCUCGUCAUCAUCAUCCUCUCGGACAGCACCUGACGAUUUUAGGUUGUUGUCGACCGAGCACAUCUCUCUCGUGUACGUUUCACUUAAGGACCUUUUGCCAUCUGCAUCAGCUCCGGUCGAUUCUCCGAAAUCCAGUGUGGCCCAUCUCCCGAAGCAGACGGUCGUCAGGAAUGGAUUCCUCCAACGCCUUUGGCCGCCACGAGUCCCCGCUUUCUUCUACCAUAUUUUUGAAGCCCUGACCCGACUCCGCAAUUGGCUAAUCGAAGCUAUUCGGAUCCGGAGCUCCAGAUAG